AUGAGCACGUAUGAAAGAGGAUGCAAAAGACCAGCACUACACGACUCCAACACAGCCACCAAUGACUCAUCGUCUACUAUUAAAUCAUACGGAGCAGACUCACCACUUCCAUCAGUAGCAAUGAGAAUCAGGAAAGCAGUAAGUGAGGGCUACAACAAUGGCCAAGCCACUAAUUUUGCUGCCAAUUAUCAACGUGUACCUUUACCUGCCACGUUAAAUAACCAACCACCAAGUUUAUCAUCAUCGGAUUCGACAAGAACUGUAUCGAAUUUAGAAGAAUGGGAUAGUUAUUACAAGAUCAAUAACACACCUAUACAAACUAUUGAUGAGUUUAGUAGUAAAGGGUUUGGGUUUAAUGAUAAUAAUCCUUUAAAGAGAAAGUUUCAGGAUGCAGGGGGCCAAACUGGCGAACCUGAAAUUGCGCAGUUUCAGGCUAGGUAUGGUGAAUUAAAGUUUAAUGAAGAGUUUUAA